AUGUUCUUGGCUCUUCGGUCAGUUGGUCUGUCGCUUCGAAAUGGCCAGCACCGAGAGUCUGGACGGCAGCGCCUUCGAGGGGGACAUCUCGGCCAUUCCGCAGGUGGGCCACCUGACCACUGAGCCCCAGGAGCUGGAGUGUCCCGCCUGCCAGCAGUUGCAGACCACCCAGGUGAAGUCGGAGGCAGUGACCGUUCUGCAGAGGAUGGCCUGCUCGCUGAAUGUGCUUCUCUGCUGUAACCCCAUUCGGUGGAAGGGUCGUCAUGAUGUGAAUCACUACUGCAGUUCCUGUGGCUGCUUCAUUGGACGCGACAUCACUCUGAGUUGGUACAAGAGGACUCUCUUUCGGCUGCAAAGGGGCGAGGUGGAGGACAAUGGGCGCUGGCAGAGAUUCCGCAAGGUGGAGAAGGAACAGCUGGACGAGAAAAAACUGGGCAGACAGCGCAAGGCCAUCGAAUCGAAGCGCUCCAAUGAGAAUUAUUAAAUAAAUUUAAGCAAUAUUA